UCCGGCGACGCGGCGAAUGGCCUCUCUAAGGGCCGUGCUCGCGGCCUCGCUCGCGGCUGCCCGAACCCGGCAGCCGUGUGUGUGCCUCGCGCUCCCGUCGCCAUCACUCUGGUCCGCCUGGGCUGCUGCCAUGGAGGUCACACCGCGCUGGCUGGCGGGGCUGCGCUUCGACAACCGCGCCCUGCGCGCGCUGCCGGUAGAGACGCUGCCGCCCGGGACGGAGGACGCCCUGUCCACCCCGCGGCCGGUGCUCGGAGCCUGCUUCAGCCGUGCACGGCCCGCCCCGCUUCGGCAGCCGCGCCUCGUGGCGCUGUCGGAGCCGGCGCUGGCGCUGCUCGGGCUCGAGGCCAGCGAGGAGGCCGAGGUGGAGGCCGAAGCUGCGCUCUUCUUCAGCGGCAACGCGCUGCUGCCGGGCGCCGAGCCCGCCGCGCACUGCUACUGUGGGCACCAGUUCGGCCAAUUCGCCGGGCAGCUGGGCGACGGCGCCGCCAUCUACCUGGGCGAGGUGUGCACCGAGGCCGGAGAGCGCUGGGAGCUGCAGCUCAAAGGCGCCGGCCCCACGCCCUUCUCCAGACAGGCCGAUGGUCGCAAAGUCCUGCGGUCAAGCAUCCGUGAGUUCCUGUGCAGUGAAGCCAUGUUUCACCUGGGGAUCCCCACCACGAGGGCCGGGGCCUGCGUCACGUCUGAGUCCACAGUGAUGCGAGACGUAUUCUAUGAUGGUAAUCCAAAAUAUGAAAAGUGCACAGUUGUGUUGCGUAUAGCUCCCACUUUCAUAAGGUUCGGCUCCUUUGAAAUCUUUAAGCCUCCUGAUGAGCACACAGGGCGCGCAGGCCCCAGCAUGGGGCGGAAUGAUAUCCGAGUCCAGAUGCUUGACUAUGUGAUCAGCUCUUUCUACCCUGAAAUCCAGGCUGCCCAUACCUGUGACAGCGUGCAGAGGAACGCUGCCUUUUUCAGAGAGGUGACACGACGAACAGCACAGAUGGUGGCCGAGUGGCAGUGUGUUGGCUUUUGCCAUGGUGUGCUCAACACUGACAACAUGAGCAUUGUGGGGCUCACUAUUGACUAUGGACCCUUCGGCUUCCUGGACAGGUAUGAGCCUGACCAUGUCUGCAAUGCCUCUGACAAUGCUGGGCGCUAUACGUACAGUAAGCAGCCCCAGGUCUGUAAGUGGAACCUGCGGAAACUGGCAGAAGCCCUGGAGCCUGAGCUGCCACUUCAGCUGGGUGAGGCCAUCAUAGCAGAGGAGUUUGACAGAGAGUUCCAGAGGCACUAUCUACAGAAGAUGCGUAAGAAGCUGGGGCUUGUUAGAGUGGAACAGGAAGAAGACGGCACACUUGUGGCCAGGCUUCUGGAGACCAUGCAUCUGACUGGUGCUGACUUCACGAACACCUUCUAUGUGCUGAGCUCCUUCCCGGCUGAACCGUCAGACUCGGCAGAGUUUCUAACCAGGCUGACCUCCCAGUGCGCCUCUCUAGAAGAGCUGAGACUUGCCUUCCGACCCCAGAUGGAUCCCAGGCAGCUCUCUAUGAUGCUGAUGCUUGCACAGUCAAACCCACAGCUCUUUGCACUCAUCGGCACUCAAGCAAACAUCACAAAGGAGCUAGAGCGUGUGGAGCAUCAGUCACGGCUAGAACAGCUGAGCCCCGCUGAGCUCCAGCUCAAGAACACAGACCUCUGGAAAACCUGGCUCCAGGAGUACAGAACCCGUCUGGACAAAGAGAAGGAGGGUGUUGGAGACACUGCUGCCUGGCAGGCAGAACGUGUGCGCAUCAUGCAUGCCAAUAACCCCAAGUACGUCCUAAGGAACUAUAUUGCACAGAAUGCCAUUGAAGCUGCUGAGAACGGAGACUUUUCAGAGGUGCGACGUGUGCUGAAGCUGCUCGAGUCUCCUUACCAAAGGGAAGAGGCGGCCACUGAGGCCACAAGCCCUGAGGCAGGGGCAAGGACCGCUGAUGAGCAGUGUUCCUAUAGCAGCAGGCCACCACUCUGGGCAGCAGAACUCUGUGUAACAUGAUCCUCAUAAAGGCCUCGGGCGUGCUCCACCAGUCUGGAGUCUCCCGAGGCCACCCCAGUGCUGCUAAGUUGCUGAGACCACUUCGAUGCCUGCCCUCACAGUCUCUCCAUGACGGCAGAGGUCUCCAGUCAAACCUGACCCAUCUCUGUCUGAUUACCGUCUUAGCAGUACUGACCUCGCCUAGCCCUCAACAUGCUCCCAGCACACAGCACUUCAUGCCAGGAUAUCAGUCUUAUGCUUAUAAGUAACACAAACAGGGCGAAGUAAGGCUUGUGACCUAUUUGUGCAUCUUGCCCCAAAGGGCAGGGUCUGUGCCUGAUACCUGUUGAAUGUCCCAGGCUUCUGAAUAAAGUAGCCUUUAUAGGUC